AUGGCGAAAGAUCACCACUACUACCAUGGAAAACGUUCAUACUCGUUCUAUCCACAGGAUGUGAACGAAUUGGUUGAGUUUCGCGCACGUCAGAGGACGUUUGACGGUGCUUAUGGAAGGAGCGCUUUGGGUGCGCUCGGAUAUGCCCUGACUGCGCUACGCUUGUUUGACAAGCGGUUCUACAACAUCGGGAUCUUGUACACCGUCCUGUCCGGCCUAAUAUUCGUGGUCGCGUUUCUGCGACAGAGGCACUCGCUCCACGACUUUGCAGACAGCUACUGGGCGCAUCCUUCUUUCGCAAAUCCGAUACGCACUGUUGGUCAGUCAGGCAAACGAGUGUUUGGGAGACCGUUUGUCACGGCGGGACGGAUCGUCGUUUCCCUCGCAGUUGUGGUCGCCGCGGUGGAAAUUGGUCUUUUGGUUCUGAUUUUUCAGGUGUGACCCUGGAUGCUGUGGCCUGUCCUGCGCGGAAUCGUCUGCUUUCUGCGCCCGACGCUCACUCAUGUUUCUCAUGCUUGUCCACCAUCUCCAUUACAUACUCAUAGAUUUACUUCGGCUAGUUUUGUCAAUGCAUGUGCGCCAUUUAAAAUGCGCGGUACUGCCCUUAGCUGUACGACUU